GUCAAAAAACCAAGUCCAAUCAAAGCCCACCAAGAAAAUCAACCUACUAAGGCAAAAGUCCAACACGACGAAAAACUUCUAAGGCAAAAACCACCAGAACAGAGGUCCACAGAAGCGGACACCCCCCUUAAAUACCAAAUAGCUAAGGUGAAAACCCAUUGGAACAAUGACUUACCAAAAGUUGAAAGAUACUCAAAGGAAAGCAGGUCAAGCAACAACCAAGCAAAUCAAGUGAGUACAAAUAAACCUUGA